AUGGGUAAGAAGCAGAGUAACCGUAAGGUUGUAAAAUCACAACGUAAAUCUCACCGUGUGAAGGAAGAAGAAGCAUUAGCCAAAUUACAAGAAAGGAUUGAUGCUUAUGACCCAGUAGUGGAUGAAAAACUGAUUUCACAGUUUAGUGACCUUCCAAUUUCAGAAGAAACAAUAAAGGGUUUAAAAGAAGCGAGCUUUGUAUCCUUGACAGAUAUUCAGAAGAAAACAAUCCCAAUUUCCUUAAAAGGUGAAGAUGUUAUGGGUACUGCAAAAACAGGAUCUGGUAAAACUCUAGCCUUUUUAAUUCCAACUAUUGAGUCUUUGAUAAGAAACAAAAUCACCGAAUAUGAUGGACUUGCUGCAUUGAUAGUAUCACCAACUAGAGAGUUAGCGGUGCAAAUUUUCGAAGUUUUAGUGAAAAUUGGAAAAUAUAAUAAUUUUUCUGCUGGCCUUGUUACAGGUGGAAAGGAUGUCAAGUAUGAGAAAGAAAGAGUUUCAAAAAUGAAUAUAUUGGUCGGAACACCAGGAAGAAUAUCUCAACAUUUGAAUGAAGCAGUUGGGAUGGAAACAUCCAAUUUACAGGUAUUAGUUUUGGAUGAGGCUGAUAGGUGUUUGGAUAUGGGAUUUAAGAAACAAAUCGAUAAUAUCUUAGGCCAUUUACCACCAACCAGACAAACAUUGUUAUUCUCUGCAACUCAAUCGGACAGUGUUAAGGAUUUAGCCAGAUUAUCUUUAGCUAAUCCAAAAAGAGUGGGAAUUUCAUCAGACCAAGAGUUGUCAGCUACUCCAGAAAGUUUGGAACAAUAUUAUAUCAAGAUUCCUUUGGAUGAAAAGCUUGACGUUUUGUGGUCUUUCAUAAAAUCACACUUGAAGAGUAAAAUACUUGUAUUUUUUUCAUCACUGAAACAAGUGCAAUAUGCAUACGAAACAUUUCGUACUUUGCAGCCAGGUAUAUCUUUAUUAAAAUUAUAUGGUCGUCAUAAGCAAACAUCGCGAAUGGAAACAACGGUGAAGUUUUCGCAAGCACAACAUGCAUGUCUUUUUGCAACUGAUAUUGUUGCAAGAGGAUUAGAUUUCCCUGCCAUUGACUGGGUUGUUCAAAUUGAUUGCCCAGAAGAUGCUGCAACAUACGUUCAUAGAGUUGGACGUGCUGCUCGUUUUGGACGUUCUGGUAAGUCUCUUAUGAUGUUAUUACCAUCGGAAGAGAAUGGCAUGCUAAAAAGAUUGAACAACAAUAAGAUUGAACUAAAAUUCAUGAAUAUAAAGCAAAAGAACAAAAAAACAAUUAGACCACAAUUGCAAUCCUUAUGUUUCCAAGAUCCUAUGAUUAAAAAUUUAGGUCAAAGAGCAUUUAUUUCAUACUUUAGGUCAGUCUAUGUUCAAAAAGACAAAGACAUUUUUAAAAUCGACGAGUUACCUUCUGAGAAAUUUGCCAGAUCCUUAGGGUUGCCAGGUGCCCCAAAAAUCAAGUUUAAAGGUGGAACAGAUAAUAAAGAAAAGAAGAAUAUGUCAAGACAAUUAGCAGCCUUGUCAAAGGCUAACAACGAAGGAGAUGUUGCUCCCGAAGAAGAGAAAAAAGUUAGAACCAAGUAUGAUCGUAUGUUUGAAAGAAAGAAUCAAACUAUUUUAUCCGAUCAUUAUUUGAAUUUGACAGGAAAUAAGGCCGAUGCCACAGAAAAGAGCGACGAUGAUGACGAUGAUGACUUUAUGGCUGUCAAACGUCAAGAUCACGAUUUGAAAGAAGAUGAAUUACCUGAUUUGUCUAUUCCAGUAUCUAAAAGACAAGCCAAGAAAGCACUUUCUAAGAAGGCUUCUGUUGCCGGCAAAGGAAAUGCUAACAAAUUGAAAUUCGACGACGAUGGAGUAGCGCAUGCAAUUUACGAAUUAGAAGACGAAGAGGAUUUCAAGAAGCAUGGUGAUGCUAAAUCUCAAAAGGACGCAUUUUUGAAUAAGGAAACUGAGUUGAUGAGUAAUGCCGAUAUUCAGGAUAAAUUAACUGCUAAAGAGAAAAGACAAGAAAAGAAGAGAAAGAGAAAAGAAAUGGAAAGAAAUAUGAGAGAAGGAAGCGACGACGAAGAUGAAGAUGUUCAAACUGUUGCUACUAUAGGUGGCGAUGACGUUGAUUUAGAUCGUGAUAUGGAAUACUCUAGCGCUGAUGAAGUCAUUCCGGAAACUAAGAAACCAAAAUGGUUCAACAAUGAUAAGAAUGUCAAUAAGGAUGAGGAUGAUGGAGUUGUUGAAUAUGAUGAACCACAAACAUUAGAAGAUUUGGAAGCAUUGACUUCGAAAUUAUUAGAGCAUUAA